AUGGGUAUCCAGGGUACAUUCAAGUGUCCUUUCAACCGCUCCAAAGUGUCCGAAUGUGGUAAUUGCACUGUUUUUGCACACUGGAUGUGCCUCUUGCUUUGUCAAAUCAAAUCAAAUCAAAUCAAAUUUUAUUGGUCACAUGCGCCGAAUACAACAGGUGCAGACAUUACAGUGAAAUGCUUACUUACAGCCCUUAACCAACAGUGCAUUUAUUUUAAACAAAAAAAGUAAGAAUAAAACAACAACAAAAAAAGUGUUGAGAAAAAAAGAGCAGAAGUCAAAUAAAGUGACAGUAGGGAGGCUAUAUAUACAGUAAAAUAAAAUAACAGUAGGGAGGCUAUAUAUACAGGGGGGUACCGUUGCAGAGUCAAUGUGCGGGGGCACCGGCUAGUUGAGGUAGUUGAGGUAAUAUGUACAUGUGGGUAGAGUUAAAGUGACUAUGCAUAAAUACUUAACAGAGUAGCAGCAGCGUAAAAAGGAUGGGGUGGGGGGGCAGUGCAAAUAGUCCGGGUAGCCAUGAUUAGCUGUUCAGGAGUCUUAUGGCUUGGGGGUAGAAGCUGUUGAGAAGUCUUUUGGACCUAGACUUGGCACUCCGGUCCCACUCAGGUCAACCGCAUAUCCCUGGAAAGCUUAUCUCAUUGGCUACAAGACUGUCAAGGUGCCAUAGUAGCCAAUCCCCUGUGUAAUGGAUGCCUACAGCGCAUAAGCAGUCAACAUUAUAUUUUUGAAGGGCAAAGCUAUAGUCACUCAGUGGACAUUCAAUGUUUCCAUUAAGUCAUACAUCAUCAGAUAUUGGCAAUAGGUUAGAUUUGUUCCUACCAACCGAAUGAUUAAUUUGAUACCCCCCAUGUAGCCAUAGCUCAAACACAGACCAAAUCGAAGCUUACCUUGCAAGAUGUCCACCUCUGGCCUGCUGGCUCCCCUACCUCUGCGGAAGCAUAGUUCCCGCUCAGCCCAGUCAAAACUGUUCGCUGCUCUGGCACCCCAAUGGUGGAACAAACUCCCUCACGACGCCAGAACAGCGGAGUCACUCACCACCUUCCGGAGACAUUUGAAACCCCACCUCUUUAAGGAAUACCUGGGAUAGGAUAAAGUAAUCCUUCUACCCCCCCCUUACAACUUGGGGGUUAUCUAUUCUCAGAGGUGGGAGGCAGCAGUGCUGAAGGGGCUGCUGCAUGGAGUGAACGUCCAGGACCAACGCCCCGCAGGAGGAGGCUGAACGCCCCCGGACCCCGAACUAGAGAAGAGACUCCUGGGAUAUCUGUCUGACCUGAGCCGCUCCCUGCCCACUGAUUCAUCUGACCAUCACUGAUGAGCUCAACACUGUGAGUGCGUAUCCCUGUGACCAAGGUCUACUAUAUUUGCAUAGAAAAGUACAGAACAGCAAUAAUAGAAAGUACACAAAACAUUGAGUUUCCUAAUAUUGAGUUGCACCCCACCUUUUGCACUCAGAACGGCCUCAAUUUGUCAGGGCAUGGACUCUACAAGGUGUCGAAAGCGUUCCACAGGGAUGCUGGCCCAUGUUGACUCCAAUGCUUCCCACAGUUGUGUCAAUGCUUCCCCCAAGUUGGCUGGAUGUCCUUUGGGGGGAGGACCAUUCUUGAUACACACAGGAAACUGUUGAGUGUGAACAAACCAGCAGCUCAUGUCUCAAGGCUUAACAAUCCAUCUUUAACCUGUCUCCUCCCCUUCAUCUACACUGAUUUGAAGUGGAUUUAACAAGUGACAUCAAUAAGGGAUCAUAGCUUUCACCUGGUCAGUCUAUGUCAUGGCAAGAGCAGGUGUUCCUAAUGUUAUGUACACUCAGUGUAUAUGUGUGUGUUGUUAACUGCUAUUGCUAAUUUGAAUGAAGACUGGAUAAGAGUAAUUGCUAAGACAUUCAUAAGCCACUUUGCCAUCACUAACAAAGUGAUGCAUAGUCACUUUACCCCUACCUACAUGUACUAACCUGUACCCCCGCACAUUGACUCAGUACCGGUACCCCCUGUAUAUAGCCUCGCUAUUGUUAUUUUAUUGAGUUACUUUUAGUUUUUUUAAAUGUUGUUUUACUUUAGUUUAUUUAGUAAAUCUUUUCUUAACUCUUUCUUGAACUGCUUUGUUGGUUAAGGGCUUGUAAGUAAGCAUUUCACGGUGUUGUAUUCGGCGCAUGUGACAAAUAAAGUUUGAUUUGAUUUGACUGCAUCACAUUGACAUUCCAUUUCCUGUCCUUUCCCUUUCCUUGCCUUCCUCUCUCUUAUCCCUGUCUUUUAUAUUUCUCCUCCACAGUCUUAAGCGCCCAUCACCCAUGGCUGCAUCCAGAGUCUGCUGCUCAAGUUCUCUGCCCAGGAGCUCUUCCAAGUAAGUCAGCCGUCCAUGGCCACCUCCUCUUCCUCUUCCUCCACGCUAGUCAUCUCCGUGGACCACACACAACUCUGGCCCUUGAUUGGGGGUGGGGCCUUAGCUCAGAGAAUGGGGGCCAAGCAGAAAGCAGAGGACCAAGCCCACCAUAAACGUCCAUAAGGCACCUCCCUUGCUUUUCAGAGCCCGCCCUCCCCUCCGCCCACUUCCUCCAUCACCCUGGCACCGGCUUCCAGCUGGCCAGGCCCUCUGAUUGGAAGGUUGGCGGAGGAAUGGGUGGGGCAGAUAAACAGGGCAGGACCAGUAAAGGGCAGACACCUCACCUGGACAUGGAGAUUGAGAGCCUGCUGAACCAGCAAUCCACCAAGAAGCAGCAGAGCAAGAAGGUACAGUACAACCCAGAAGAGGGAAGGGAAAUAGAUCGGGAUAGCCUGGGUGUAGUUUGAACCAUAACAGUACAAACCGUAUUAUACUGCCCAAUAUUCAGUCAAUGGCACACACGCAGUCAAUUGCGAAAUCAAAACCCAAUUAUGUGUGUGUUUAUAGAUGAGCAGAGUGAUCCUGGAGCUGCUGAACACCAGCACAGCUAAAGAACAGUCCAUCGUUGAGAAGUUCCGUUCAUGCGGUCGCACUCAGGUCCAGGAGUUCUGUGAUCACGGGACCAAAAAGGAGUGCAUGCGGUCCGGAUUCACACACCAGCCCUGCACCAAGCAGCAUUUCCGGUCAGUGCUGCUACACACAGUCUUAGAAAUACUCUCCCAAAUAUGUAUUUUUCUUGAUUAAUCAAGAAAUCCUGAUUUUCUGACUUCCUCUUUGAUUCAAUACUUAAUUUAAUCAUCCCCUCCCCAAAAUUAUUGUUGUGCUGAUCGAAUCUCUAAGUGGACUCUCCCUUCUCAUUGGAGCUCUCCAUUCAAUCACUUACGUCUCUUAUGAUUGGCUGAUCAAUCUUUUUUUUUCCUACCCUAUUGACUAAGCCCAGUCUUCUCUCCCCUCUCUGACGCAUCAUCAACAAGCAUACAGACAAGUCUUGGAGACUGCUCUUUCCUCAACACCUGUUUCCACAUGGACACCUGUAUUGCUCCUGUAAGUCGCUCUGGAUAAGAGCGUCUGCUAAAUGACUAAAAUGUAAAUGUAAAUGUAUAUACGUGCACUAUGAGAUCGACGCUCCUCCAGAGGCAGAGGGGGUUCUGAUCGGUGGUCCUCUGUAGCUCAGCUGGUAGAGCACGGCGCUUGUAACGCCAAGGUAGUGGGUUCGAUUCCCCGGGACCACCCAUACACAAAAAAUGUAUGCACCCAUGACUGUAAGUUGCAUUGUUAUUAUAUUAUUAUCGGAUCCCAAGCUUGGGACAUGGAGGUGGGACUACACCAGAGGGAGGAAGACAGCAACGUGGGGAAACUGUUCCCCUCUCAGGUGAGAGAGGAGGAGUAAUAGAGGGAAGCAGGGAGAUGGAAGGGAAGGGGGAGGCUUAUGAAAAGGGAGGAGGGAGAGACUGGAGGGAAGUGUGGGGGGUGGGGAGGAUCACCCAUCAUCAACGACUCAGGCUUUUAUUUUGGUACAUGUCUCUACAGGUGUGGAUUUUCUAAAUGAAUAUACUUUCUGAAUCCCCAAAGGGAGACAUUAGGAAGAUGUCUGUCUACAUUAGUUAUGUCAGCUACCUCCAUACAUCAGAUGUGGUUCUUAGGCAGUCUGAUGCUGCGGUUCGAUCCAGCCUGAUCCGGUUUUGUCCCCCAUCACAGUGGAUCUGUUGUGACAGCCGCGUCCUGGAAAAGUUAUCUGUGGUGAUGGCCGACCCUCCCUGGGACAUCCACAUGGGGCUGCCCGACGGAACUCUGACGGACAAUGAGAUGAGGAAGCUCCACAUCCCCUUCCUCCAGGACGACGGCUUCCUUUUCCUCUGGGUGACUGGCAGGUACCUCCACUAAUCAGAUAUGAGUGGAAUAGUGUGUCACUGAUCAACCAAUCAGCUGUCAGGAGAGCAGUGCAUGCUAAUGAACACGCACUACAGCAGAAAGGGUCUGACAGAGAGCGGUUUAAUUAUAUGAUAACAAGCCGUACUCUCCUGAUAUUGAUUGAUGUUGAUUGGUGCUUUGAGUGACAUGUUUCACUUAAAAUAUACAAUAGACUGUUUUAAUCUCCAUGUCUCUCCUUAUCUUGUUCCUUUAGGGCUAUGGAGUUGGGUGUAGAAGGUCUGUCUUUGGUGGUAAGUGUCUUUAUUAAUCAACCUUUAUGACAGAGUUGACUUUACUUACUGGUCCAAUCUGACUGUAGCUAUGAGCGUGCUGAGAUCAUUUGGGUGAAGACCAACCAGUUACAGAGAUGUUGUUAUUUUGUGAUGUGUUGUGAUAUGUUGUGCAGCAUCAUACCUCUUAUCUUAUCCGAGUCUGCGCUCUGCUCUGGGCAGUGUGGUGCAGUCAGUUGUGUGUAUUUACUGUUAUUGUAGUAUAGGUGUGUGUGUGUGUGUGUUUCUCCUCAGGUGGGUGUGAAGGAAAGCCCCCAAGGAUUCAACAAAGGGCUGGACUGUGAUGUCAUCGUGGCCGAAGUCAGGGGUCAAACACAAUGAAUCCAUUUGAUGUUACAUUCCAAUCCUAAGAGAGCCCUGAAUGUUUUAACUCAACCCUCUCCUAUAUCUCCCUCUCUCUCCCUCUCUCUACCUCUCUCUCUCCCACUCUCUACCUCUCUCUACCUCUCUCUACCUCUCUCAUCCCCAUCUUCUCUCCUACUCACCCCUCUCCCCGCCCCCUCCCGCGCGACCGCGCGCCCGCCCCGGCUCUACCCCUCCGCCGGGGCUCCACGCUCGGGUCUACCGUACUCCUGGCGGCUCGCAUCAUCCUCCGAUCGCGCCUACUUCUCUAACCCUCUCUCUCCCCAUCUCCCUCCUCCUCUCCUCCGCCCUCUCUAUACCUCGACUCUCAACUCUCUCUCUCUCUCUCACCCCUCUCCGCUCUCUCCCUCUGCUAACCUCUCUCUCUCCUCUCUCCCCUCUCUCUACCUCUCUCUCUACCUCUCUCUCUCCCUCUACUCUUCCUCCUCUUACCCCUCUUCUCCCUCCUCUCACUCUCUUCCUUCUCCCCCUCUCUCUCCUCUUCUCUAUCCUCUCCUCUCUCUCUCUCUACCCUCUCUCUACCUCUCUCUCUCUUCUUCACCUCCUCUCCCCCACCUCUCUCUCUACCUCUCUCUCUCCCUCUCUCUACCUCUCUCUCUACCCCUCUCUUGCUCUCUCUCUCAUCUUUUGUCUCUACCUCUCUCUUUCUCCUAUCUUAGGUGCGUUCCACCAGCCACAAGCCAGAUGAGAUCAAUGGGAUGAUUGAGAGACUUUUACCUGGUACCAGGAAGAUUGAGCUCUUUGGCAGACCUCACAAUGUCCAACCCAACUGGUACGUGUAUUUAUUUGAUUAUGUAUCUGUCUGUAUGUGGCUAUUUUUCUAUGCCUUCAUUUCUCUCUCUCUCUCUCUCUCUCUCAGGGUAACUCUUGCUAAUCAAUUGGAGGGUAUUCACCUCUUGGACCCUGACGUCGUGGCUCGCUUCAAGAAGUGCUACCCAGACGGAGUCAUUUCCAAACUAAAGAACAUGUAG